UCUGAUUUAUUUUUUUAACAUUUCCCACUGGCUGCCUUGAGAACAGUGGUGGGGGUAGGGGUGAGGGUGGGGGUGGGGGUGGACCAGGAUGCACUGGUCCAAGUGAGCAAGGAUGGAGAUGGGACCCAUGGCAGUGGAGAGAAGUGACCGGAUUCAGGACCUAAUUGGAAGGUUCACUGGCUGGCACUUGAGAAAGGAUUAGAAGUGGGGGUACUGGAAAGAGAGGAAUAAAGGAGUUGGAGAUUGGGCCACGGCAGUGUGGUGGAUGGUGGUGAAUCUGGGAGCAGAAGGUAAUCUGGGGAGAAGGCAAUCCAGAACCCAGCACUGGCCUAGGUAGUGAGAGACACCAGAGAGAUGGGGGGAGGGACCAAGGAGGCUGGAGGGUCCCCAGGUGGACCGAGGUCAGGGAAGGGCUGGGUUGGGGCACAGGAAGCCAUCAGCAUAAGCCAGUGGGCUGAGCCAUCCAUGUGGUGGAUCCCGGGGCAGUGAGUGCAGAUGGAGAGGAGAGGCAGGGAUGCACCCGCGCCUGGGGACACUGCACAUUGGGGUACAGAGGCUGCAAAGAGGGGUGCUGGGGCCAGUUAGCAGGAAUUAAGCAGUCAGUGAGAGACCAGGGCCACACACUCCCUCUACCGAGGUAAUGCAUGACCACAGGGUGCCCACCAGGCCUCCUGGGGCAAGGAGUCCCCUGGCUGAGGCAGCUGCUGCUGCUGUCACUAGUGACAUUUCACUCCGUGGGUGUCCUGGCUUCAAAGUCUCUGCGGGGGUCAGAGAGGAGGGGACUGGAGCGGCCAAGUGGGGAGCAGGGAGGCGGGAGAGAGGCAGAGCAGGGCCACAGGAGACCUGAGCAGCCAGGAGUCGGCCAGAGUCCUCAGCUGAGAUGUCCAGCAGGGAGGCCUUCGGCUGCGACAUCGGGCAGGCCCGCCGGGCCGUGGAGCAGCUGAGGAUGGAGGCUGGCCUCGAUCGCAUCAAGGUGUCCAAGGCAGCCACGGACCUGCUGCAGUUCUGCACGGAGCAGGCCAAGAGCGACCCGUUCCUGGUGGGCAUCCCGGCGGCCACCAACCCCUUCAAGGAGAAGAAGCCCUGCGCCAUCCUAUGACACCGGCCCCGAGGGCCUCAAUAAACCUGAAGUGAUGCUC